AGAUGAGGCACUGUUUACCAAUGAAAAUAUAUUUUAUUUUCCUACUGUGAAGAAGACGUAACGUCUUUACAUGGGAACAAACAGCGGAUGAAAGCACAACUUCCACUCUGAUUUACGUUCUCUAUUCGUGAGUCAUUUCAUGAACUACAAUGACAGCCAUCAAGCACGCACUCCAGAGGGACAUCUUCACGCCCAAUGAUGAGCGUCUCCUCAGCAUCGUCAACGUUUGCAAGGCGGGGAAGAAGAAGAAGAACUGCUUCCUGUGUGCAACAGUGACGACAGAGAGGCCUGUUCAAGUGAAGGUUGUGAAGGUGAAGAAGUCAGACAAAGGAGACUUCUACAAGCGCCAGAUGGCCUGGGAGCUGAGAGACCUGACUGAGGUGGAUGCCAAAGAUUCCAGCAAGGAGAACCCGGAGUUCGACCUUCACUUCGAGAAGGUGUACAAGUGGGUGGCCAGCAGCACGGCCGAGAAGAACUCCUUCAUAUCCUGCAUCUGGAAGCUGAACCAGCGCUACCUGAGGAAGAAGGUGGAGUUUGUGAACGUCAGCCCCCAGCUGCUGGAAGAAUCCGUCCCCAGCGGGGAGAGCCAGAGUGUUGCCGGGGGCGACGAGGAUGCGCUGGAUGACUACCAGGAGCUCAACGCCAGGGAGGAGCAGGACAUCUCGGGCAUGAUGGACGUGUGUGAGUACGCCAUCUCCAACGCUGAGGCCUUCGCUGAGAAGCUCCGGGAGCUGCAGGUGCUGGAUGGGGCCAACAUCCAGUCCAUCAUGGCCUCAGAGAAGCAGGUGAACAUCUUGAUGCAGCUUCUGGACGAGGCGCUGUCAGAGGUGGACACCAUCGAGGGCAAGCUGAGCAGCUACGAGGAGAUGCUGCAGAGCGUCAAGGAGCAGAUGGACCACAUCUCCCAGAGCAACCUCCUCAUCCAGAUCAGCAAUACCAACAACGGCAAGCUGCUGGACGAGAUCCAGUUCCUGGUGAACUACAUGGACCUGUCGAAGGGCCACGUGCGAGCGCUGCAGGAGGGAGACCUGUCCUCCCCCAAGGGCAUCGAGGCCUGCAUCAACGUCGAGGCCCUGCUGCAAUGCAUGAAUGUGGCACUCAGACCAGGCCACGAGAAGCUGAUGGCAGUGAAGCAGCAGCAGCAGCUGUUCUCCGAGCUCAGAGACACCUUCGCUCGGCGCCUCACCAACCACCUCAACAACGUUUUCGUUCACCAGGGCCACGACCAGAGCUCCAGUCUGACUCAGCACACGGCAGAGCUGCUGCUGCCCAAACACAGCCCUCUGCACAGGGAGCUGCUGCGCUACGCCAAGCUCAUGGAGUGGCUGAAGACCACCCAGAGGGAGAAGUACGAGGGCCUGUCCAGGACGUACGUUGACUACAUGAGCAGACUCUAUGAGCGAGAAAUCAAAGAUUUCUUUGAGAUCGCCAAGAUCAAGAUGGCGGGAACGACCAAGGAGGGGAAAGGGAAGUUUGCCACGCUUCCUCGGAAAGAGAGCACUCUCAAACAGGAAACGGAAAGCCUGCACGGCAGCUCGGGGAAGCUGACCGGCUCCACGUCCAGCCUGAACAAGCUGGCGGUGCAGGGCUACAGCCGGCGCUCCCAGUCGUCCUCCCUGCUCGACAUGGGCAACAUGUCCGCCUCCGACCUGGACGUGGCCGACAGGACCAAGUUUGACAAGAUCUUUGAGCAGGUGCUCAGUGAGCUGGAGCCUCUGUGUCUGGCAGAACAAGACUUCAUCAGCAAGUUCUUCAAGCUGCAGCAGAGCCCUCCACCCCUCCAGGUGGCGCCACAGCAGGGCGAGGGGGAGGAGCUGGAUGGAGGACAGCCCUCCAGGAUGGCUCCCCACGGGGAGCACAGACACUCCAUGUCUUCUGAGAAGGACUUGGUGCGCCUGAUGAUGAACAAGAUCUUCCAGAGCAUCGAGACGGAGCUCCACAGCCUCAUCGCCCUGGGCGACAAGAUCGACAGCUUCCACUCGCUGUACAUGCUGGUGAAGAUGAGUCACCACGUGUGGACGGCGGAGAACGGACCGGCCUCCUACCUCAGCACCACCCUGGGCAACGUGCUGGUCACCGUCAAGAGGAACUUCGACAAAUGCAUCUCCGUUCAGAUCCGGCAGAUGGAGGAGGUGAAGAUCUCCAAGAAGAGUAAGGUGGGGAUCUCGUUCGUCACGGGCUUCGAGGAGUUUGCCGAGCUGGCGGAGACCAUCUUCCGCAGCGCCGAGCGGCGCGGCGACCUGGACAAGGCCUACGUCAAGCUGAUCAGAGCUGUCUUCAUGAACGUGGAGAAGGUGGCCAAUGAGAGCCAGAAGACCCCACGUGACGUGGUGAUGAUGGAGAACUUCCACCACAUCUUCUCCACGCUGUCGCGCCUGAAGAUCUCCUGCCUGGAGGCCGAGAGGAAGGAGGCCAAGCACAAGUACACUGACCACCUGGGGUCCUACGUCAUCAACUCCCUGGGCCAGCCGCUGGAGAAGCUCAACCACUUCUUCGAGGGCGUGGAGGCGCGCGUGGCCCAGGGCGUGCGUGAGGAGGAGGUCAGCUACCAGCUGGCCUUCAACAAGCAGGAGCUGAGGAAGGUGAUCAAGGAGUACCCUGGGAAGGAGGUGAAGAAGGGCCUGGACAACCUGUACAGGAAGGUGGACAAGCACCUGUGUGAGGAGGAGAGCCUGCUGCAGGUGGUGUGGCACUCGAUGCAGGACGAGUUCAUCCGCCAGUACAAGCACUUCGAGGGUCUGAUUGGCCGCUGCUACCCGGGGUCUGGCAUCACCAUGGACUUCACCAUCAGGGACAUGCUGGAGUACUUCUCCAGCAUUGCCCAGUCCGCAUUAACCACAGAGCACGUUACGACGUCAUCACUGCUUAUUGGUGCCCCUCGCUAA